UCGUGUGGAGAGUGACACGGAAGCUGCUGGACAUUAUGCCUCCCAAACAGGCAAAAAAUUUAAUUCCUAUAAAAACAAAACAGGAAAUUAUAAAAAAAACAUGACAAUGGCAUGAAGAUAAGUGAGUUAGUGCAACAGUAUGGUUUCUCAACCAUUUCUACAAUUGUGAAGAAGAGAGACACACUUAACAGCAUUACAGAGACUGACAAAUCAACCACAGUGCACAAAGGCAGAGAUCUUAUUGUUGAGAUUGAGAGUUUGCUGUAUUUAUGGAUUAAGGAAAAGCAAAUGAGAGGGGACACUGUUCCAGGAAACUUUAUCUGUGAAAGUACAAAAUGCAUUUUUGAAGAACUGAAAGGAAAGGCAGAGUCAAGUGGUUAUGCCGCUGGUACAAGUCGUUCUGAAGAGUUUAGAGCCAGCAAAGGUUGGUUUGAACGUUUCAAGCAAAGAUUUGAAGUAAAGAGUGUGAUACGAUAUGGAGUGGCAGCUAGCUCAAACCGCGAAGCAGCUGAUUUUUUUAAGCUGGAAUUUCAGCAUCUUAUGGAUGAUGAAGGCUACCUUCCACAGCAAGUUUUCAAUUGUGAUGAAACUGGCUUAUUCUGGAAGAAAAUGCCCAAGCGAACAUACAUCACUAGAGAAGAAGCUAGUCUUCCUGGACAUAAGCCUAUGAAAGACUGACUAAACCUCCUGCUGAGUGCUAAUGCAUCAGGGGAAUUAAGCUAAAACCAAUGUUGGUUUAUCAUUCUGAUACCCCUAGAGUUUUCAAACAGACAAAAGUCAUUAAUGCACUGCAAUAGGAAGGCCUGGGUGACCAGAAAUGUGUUUAAUGAAUGGGCAACAGAAGUCUUUUGCUUCAGUGAAAUCAUACCUGGAGAAAAACAGACUGCUGCUAAAAGCACUGCUGCUGUUAGACAACACUCCUGGUCAUGACCCAGCACUGGCAGAAUCAUUGGAGGCCUAAUUUAAUUUCAUCACAAUUAAAUUCCUACCUCCAAACACCACUCCUCAUUCUUCAACCUAUGGAUCAACAGGUCAUCUCAAACUUCAAGAAACUGUACACCAAGAAGAUGUUU